AUGAGAAACGAGUUAGACUGUGUUCCAAACGGAGCCUAUGACCUCGGCCUCAAAUAUGACGUCAGAGAUGACGUCACAGAUGACGUCAGAGAUGACGUCACAGAUGACGUCACAGAUGACGUCAGAGAUGACGUCAAAGUUGACGUCAGAGAUGACGUCACAGAUGACGUCACAGAUGACGUCACAGAUGACGUCACAGAUGACGUCACAGAUGACGUCAGAGAUGACGUCAGAGAUGACGUCACAGAUGACGUCAGAGAUGACGUCACAGAUGACGUCAGAGAUGACGUCAGAGAUGACGUCAGAGAUGACGUCAGAGAUUAUGUCAGAGAUGACGUCAGAGAUGACGUCAGAGAUGAUGUCAGAGAUGACGUCAGAUGUCAGAGAUGA